AUGGGAACAAAAACGAUAGAAAAGCGACGAACUAAAUAUAAGAGUAAAAAUAAGUAUAAUGAUAAAAAAAAGGAAAGGAGUGAUCGUACCAGGAAAAAUGACGAAGAGGAGAUCGAAGUCGAUGAUGAAAAAAAGGAAAAAUUAAAAGAGCCUCAAAGAGUGUCCGAAGACGUACAAAAAAUGUUUAUUUCCGCCAGCGAUCCUUAUGAUACACCUUUAAAAUGGUGGGAAAUUGAACCCGUAAAAUACGCAAUAAAUUAUCCACCGGUAAAAUUCCGACUGGAGAGGAUUAUGAGAACUCAUAUUGUGCGACUAACCGAUCGUAAGUACAUAUUGACACUGAUGGCUAAAAUCAAGGAGUACAAUGAGGAACAACAAAAAAUUCGUAUCGAGAAAAGAAAGAUAUCACCACCAUCGAUUAUAUCUCGAUUAUUGAAGAUAUCUGCUAAAAUGCUUGCCAAGAAGUUGCACGAUCCCAGACAACAAAAACUAAAACUCUACGUAUGA